CUGAGGAGGAGACGGAGGAAGAAGCAAGAAGAGGGUGGAUGACAGAAGGAGGACGCGCAGAGGAGACCUGAGAGACAAUACAGCAUCAGAACAUUUUUAUACACAGUGCUGGAAACUUCAACCCGAAAAUGGCAAACACAGCAAGUAUGCUCCUGGCUCUACUGUCUUUCCUGAGUGCCACUGUUCCAUGCUUUUCUGUGUACAGCAGUGGCGAAUGCUUCUUCAACACUAAAGGGACCUGUGAACACAUGGGACAGAUGUACGGGAUAGGAGAAAGCUGGAUCACCAGUGACUGCUACCAGUGUGUUUGCAUGGAGCCUUUCGGAGUGGGAUGCUGUGACCAUGGAUCUCAGCCUGUGGACUAUCCAGAUUGGUGCGAGGUCAUCCGUAAGCCAGAUUCUUGCACCAGCGUUGCAGUGAUGAAAGUCAAUCACAAACUGCCGUGCCUCUGGGGACAAGGCCGUCUCAGGACAGCUGCAGGGCAGCCGUGGAAAUCUGACAACGAUCCCUUAUUUUGAAUUCAGCAAAUAAAACCAAAGAUAACAAUAGAUAAAAUGUGAUACUUAUUAAGAAUAACUAAAUAAAUUAUUGGUUUUAGUUUAUCAUAAACUAGUCAAUUUUACACAAAAAAGCAAUUACCUCCAUAUCUGUUUCGCCGUAUUAUAUUAAUAAUUAUAUUUGUCAUUUUAAUAUUUUGACGUUUGUUAUUGAACUGUCACUUUAAAUGUGUUACAUGUGUCUGGUUCACCUUUUAAGAUCAAAUA